ACACUUCUCAUCCAAACCAGACGACUCACAGUCACAACAACAUAGACACUGGUUACACUCGGGGAUCGGAUUUAGAUCACUUAUCCAUCAAUGGAACUUCAAAUAUCUUAGAAACUUUAAGAUGAUCAAUGACCUUCAGCAAUGAGUGGAAGGGUGGGUGAUCUAAGCAAAGAGCAAGAGGACUGUCUUCAGAAGUUCAAAGAAAGAUUAAAAGAUGUGCUGAAGCCAGGGCAUGACGACUACUACCUGCUGAGAUGGUUGAGAGCCAGAGACUUCGAUCUAAACAAGUCGGAGACCAUGCUGAGAAAUCAUUUUUCCUGGAGGAAGAGAGAGAAGUUGGAGAACAUAGCUGAUUGGGAGUGUCCGGAGGUGAUCCAGAAAUACUUCACGGGGGGUCUGUUUGGUGUGGAUGUUGAUGGCUGCCCCGUCUGGAUCGAUCCGUUUGGACAGAUUGAUCUGAAAGGCAUGUUAAAAUCAGCCAAAAAAGCUGAUAUCAUCAAGGCCAAAGUUCAGCUUCUGGAAAAACUCCACAGAGAAACAUUCUUAGAUCUCAGCAAACAGAAAGGUCAGAGAGUAGAAUCCCUGAUCAUCUUGUAUGACCUUGCAAAGCUCGGAAUGAAACACUUGUACAAGCCAGGUGUGGAUGCUUACUGUGAGAUGAUCACCAUGUUUGAGGACCACUACCCGGAGACCUUGAAGUAUGCCAUCGUUAUCAAUGCUCCUCGGUUUUUCCCCAUAGCCUACAACAUUGUGAAACCUUUUCUAUCAGAAGCCACUGCCAAGAAGACAAUCAUCUUAGGAACCAAUUACCAUGACACUCUGUACCGGUACAUCUCCCCGGAGCAGCUCCCUGUCUGCUAUGGAGGGAAGCGGACAGAUCCCGAUGGCAAUCCAACCUGCCGGUCUCAGAUAGGCCAGGGUGGGGAAGUUCCUCUCUCCUAUUACAAACAACAGAUGUUGUCAGUGGACAUUGACAAUGCAGUGUGUGUCAGUGUGGGGAGGGGCUCCUCUCUACAGGUGGAGUGUGAAGUGACCGUAAAAAACAGUGCAAUAAGGUGGCAGUUUUCUACUCAGGGAUAUGACAUUGGGUUUGGUGUGUAUCGGAGGACAACAGGUGAGAGACAGAAGGCGAGUAAGAUGGAGGAGGUAGUUCCCACACACAGAGUGAACUCCCAUCUGGUGCCGGAGGACGGCAGUGUCACCUGUACUGAAGCAGGAACUUAUGUCCUACGGUUUGAUAACACUUACAGCUGGACAAAGGCCAAGCGGUUACACUACCUGGUAGAGGUGUUAGAACCGGACACGGAGGACUUCACCAACCCCAACUCCUCCCAAGCCAGCUUUCAUAUUAAGCCGGAGUAGUUGUUUUAUAAGGAGCUGUGAUACCAGUCCAAGUCAUGUUAUAUUGAUUUAUUGAUUAUUAUUUAGUCACGGUGCCGGUUCAUGUUUAGUCACCAGAAUCAUUGAAUUUAGACCCCAGUGUUAAGUUUUAUUUAAAUUCUUAUGGAAACUAAUUGCUUAAGUCAUUUUCUUAGUUAAAUGUAUCCAGUGUUAAUACUAUUACAUAUUGGAUAUACUUACAUGUAUGAUAUUUUGAGAUCCUAGAUGAGAUCUUAGUGUUCUUUGGACCAGUUGCCAUUGAUUAUUUGAAGAAAAAGUUCAGCUAUUUUGUCAUCAGAAUGAAUGAUUGAGAAUACUAAGGUCAAAGUUGAACGAGUGCUGAAGUGUGGGUGUUUACAAUGCGUUUCCUUGUAACUGUGGUGAGCGUUUCCUUGUAACUGUGGUGAGCGUUUAUUUUGUUAACAUUCCUGCUGGUCUACCUUUAUCAGUGCAAUGUAAGUAAGUACGCCGUUUGAAGUGAUCACAAACUUAGUGACCUGUGGAUCUCGUGAUGAAUACAAAUGUACAUCAAUUAAUUCUCACAGGAAGAAUUGCUGGUUCACUUUGUAAGGAUCAAAGCAUAUAAAGAGUUGUUGUGAUUUUUUUUUUAACAAUAUUUUAAAAUACAUGGAUAUAUAUGAUACCCCUGGUACAUGUAUUACCAACUGUAGUCAAGUGAAGUCCCCUUUCUCUCUUAUUUACACAUACUUUACACAUGCAUGAAAACUAUUUUGUUUAUUGUUAUUAUAUUGAAUAACUAUUUUAUUGUUGAGUGAUUUUAAAACUUUUGUUUGUUAUAUAGAUUCUGUUGUGUACACUGCAUUGAUGGCACAUUGCUGUAAUUUUCGUCAUUUUGUUUGCUCAAACUUACCGGUAUAAACUUUGGUCAAAGGAAUUUCUGUAAUCAGGGUUCUCCCUCAUUUUGAAUUUUACUGUGCUUCAAAUGGCCUGAUAUUAUUAUGUAGCUUAAAGUUUACUAAAACAAUUAAAAGAAAUUGAUUAUUUAUUUUGUAAAUAUGAUUGACAAAAAAAUUUUGGGGUACAUUUUAUACGGUAAGUACUGUGGAGUUAAAAGUCCUACUGUUGUAAAAAAAAAAAAAAAAAAGUUAACUGUAUUGUGUAUGCACAGUAAAACAGCUCAUCGAGAUCCCUGAUUAUAUGAGGACUGGAUGCAUAUUGUCGUCAAAGCGAUGAAGUAUUUAUAAAAAUAUUUUUUGUGCUUGAUUGAAUUAUGUCGUAUUUUUAUUUGCAAAAUAUACAUGUAUUUUUGUCUAAGUCAGGAGAAAGAAACACUGAUUUUCAAUUUCCAGAUUUUAUUUAGCCUAUUUAUACAUUUUACUGUAAAUACAAAAUGUUAUGUAUCUUAAAGUUGCAAAACUUUAAAUCAGGUUAUAGUUGCAUAAGCCAAUGGAAGUUAUCCUCUUUGAUUGUGCCAAACAAAAUCACUAACAAAUGCUGUAGACUGGAAGAUUAAAGGUGAUUGUAUAUUGUUGACUUUUUUAGUUUUAGCUCACCUGAUUCACAAUGGUGACCAAUAAUUAUCUGUGUUCAUAUGUUGUCCUUUGUAUGUACUGUGUUAACAUUUGAACAUAUAUACUAAAAAUCAGUAUGGUUUUUAGGUUUUGACUUUAUUGAUUAUGUAAGGAAAACAUUUAUGAUUUACAUUAUUCUUUUUACAAUCUUUCUGGGAAUUUGACACUGUAGCUUAAAACUUAUUAUGUGUUAUUAGCCAUCCCCUCCUUUUUGCCCCUACCCAAAUAUUUUUAUUUUUCACUUAAUUGACCAGUAACAUGAGUAGUGCUAAUGCACCAGAAUGAUUUAUUACACACGUGUAUAUGGUGUUUUACUUUUAUCAUAUAAAUUGACCGAUUAAGUUGGAGUUGCAUCUAUCCACCAACAAACAUUCAACUGAAUGGGGUUCAUUCAUUGAACUUUUUAAUAUUUUCCUCUUUGAUUAUUCACGUUUGAUAAUUAUUUACUGCUCAUAAUGUAAAAAUGGAUAAUUUGUAGACAGAAUUUAUAUAUAAAAAAAAUGCUAUUGUAUGAAUACCAAUCUCUUUCAUUUUCUUGAUCCUCGUUACUUAUUUUCCUUUAUGUUUGUUUUGCAUUACGUUAAUAAUGUAAAUUCUGCAUUUAUUAAUGCAGUUUAUUGGUAUGCUGUGAAUCCCAUAUCGGGCUGUAUUUUACUCAGGUGAGCGUUAAGGCCCUUUCACCUCUUGUUUUUGGUUCAGUGUCGUAGGAUGCCUGGCAUUACGAUGGAUAAUUUGUCAAUGUAUCACAGAGCUGCAGAUUUGUAGCAUUUAAUUGUUACCUGCUUGGAAUUAAAUUUAAAUUGUGAACUUAAAUUGUGAAGGAAUUGAAGUAUUUAUAGCAAGUCUUCACCUUUUAACAGGUACGUAUGACAAUUGAUGACAAAACUUUCUGAUUAUUAAGAUAAGAUGAAAGUGACUAAAAUUAAAUCAAGAUAUAUGUUUUGAUUUGAUAGCGGUCAAAUGAAAAAUAAAUUAAUAUAGUUCUCAAAGCAUAAAGUGAUGAAUGGGUUGCUGAUCUGUUACAUGAGUUUUGAAUUUAUCAAAUACUUGAUUUAUAGAAAAUACUAUGUAGACAUUUCUAACCCAGUGUUCGUUACUGUGAUUCUCCAUGAAUGUUCAAUGAGCAAUGAAUGGUACAAUGUAGGUGGGCUUGCUUGUGGUACUUUGUUGUAGAUGUGACAACAUCACUCCAAUCAAGCUUUUUUGUCUGUGUUAACUCUCUAGAAGUGUUCCUGAUAAAAAAAUAAACUAAUUGAUGUUAUAUAAUAAACUGAACUUCUAUUUCUAUGUAUUGAUUUUCUAGAAGUGAUCAUUAUGUUGUUAUCUUUUUUAAAAAUAAAUAGUUAAUAUAUUUAAUGCCUUAUAACAAGUCGACACUAAACUAGUUAGUUAAAUGAAUGUACAAUAAAUGCAGAAACUCACUAAACAUGUUUGUUAUUUUCUA